UAUUUGAGUCAUUAGGGUUGGAUUAAAUUCCACUAAUUAGGGUUUUCUAUCUAACUGUGAAUUAAUCAACACUGCCUCUAUAUAUAUACAUACACACCGACGGAUUUACCUCCCAUAAGCCCUAAUUACUCAAAUUCUCGAUCUCUGCUCCAAAUUUUCUUUCUUUUUUGAUUGUUCUCCGAUGGCGUUAGAGGAUCAAUUCGCGGUGAGAUCUACAGGGAAGGUCAAUUGGUUCAACGAUUCUAAGGGAUAUGGUUUCAUCACCCCUGACGACGACGGUGAAGAGCUUUUCGUUCAUCAAUCCUCAAUCCUCUCCGAAGGUUUCCGGAGUUUAACCGUCGGUGAUUCGGUUGAGUUCGCCGUCACGCAGGGAACCGACGGCAAGACCAAAGCCGUCAAUGUCACGGCUCCCGGCGGUGCUCCUCUUCACAGGAAGGAGAUUAGCUCUCGCGGUAACGGUGCUAGGCGAGGAGGCAGUUGCUACCAUUGCGGCGAAGUAGGUCAUAUGGCUAAGGAUUGCAGUAGCAGCGACCGUGGUGAUCGUAGCUCCGGAGGGUGUUACACUUGCGGCGAUACUGGUCACUUCGCUAGGGAUUGCGUUCAGAAAUCAAGUGGAAACGGUGGAAGCGGCGGUGAACGCGGAGGAGCCGGAGGAGAAUGUUACAAUUGUGGUAACACUGGUCACUUUGCUAGGGAUUGCGUUCAGAAAUCGGUUGGAAACGUCGGUGACCGUGGAAGUGGCGGCGGUGGAGUUUGCUAUAAUUGUGGUGGAGCUGGUCACAUGGCUAGAGACUGUCCGACUAAGAGACAGCCUGGUGCUUGUUACGAGUGCGGUGGUACUGGUCACAUGGCUCGUGAUUGUGACCGGAGAGGAAGCGGUGGUGGCCGUGGAAACGCUGGUGGAGGUGGCGGCGGAAAUUGCUUCAAGUGCGGUCAAGGAGGUCACUUUGCGAGGGAAUGUUCUGUUGCUUGAUUGCUUCCUUAUCAUCAAACGAAAGGAAUGGAAAUGAAUUUGAGUGAUUUCCUCUUCGUUUUCAUUAUCUUUUGCUGAUGGGAAUGAUGAAAUUUGCCUGGUCCUUUUCGUGUUUUGAGUUUCUUUUAUACAAUCCUUUUUUGUGAUAACUAUAUAAGUUUAGCUAGAGUUGGGCUCCUCCUGAUAUGGAUGCUGUCCUUUUUUUAAGUUUUUUCUUUGGAAAUUUUGACCUCUAUAUUGUUUAUUAUGACUUGGUUCGUUUGCUUAUAUCAUUUGAGUAUUGGUCCUUUUA